UGGGGUGACGGUUUCUCAACUGACGCUUCUAAGACACACUCCAAAAUUCCCUAUCUCUGACCUCAUCAGAGUUCCAUGGCAAAUCUUAAAGUACCCCAGGAAAUUUCAAAUCCCUUUCAUAAACCUUACAUCUGACUACACUCCAUUCUUAACUAACCUAAUUACUCCUACAUUACAAUUAUCAUUUCAGGAUACAGUGGUGGGUGAAGUGAAAAAAUGUUGUCAGACAUGGAGAGUCUCUGCCUUUCUAGUAAUGAACCAUGGCAGGCGAUAGUUUGCAUGCCUACAGAAAGCUCUCUGCAUGCCCUCUUUGGCACAUGUGCUAUUGGUUUACCAUCACAGGUUCUGCUACCCAUCAUGGCUAUCACACAGUUCCGGUUGUUUAAAGUUUGUACCUGCCUAGCCACAGUACUCUCAUUCAUUAAGAGGUUAAUAUGCAGGUCUGGCAGAGGACGGAAAUUAAGUGGAGAUCAAAUAACUUUGCCAACCACAGUGGAUUAUUCACCAGUUCCUAAGCAGUCAGAAGUUGAAGACUGGAGCUCCUGGGAUGAAGAUGCACCCACAAGUAUAAAAAUUGAAGGAGGCAAUGGAAAUGGGACAGCACAGCAAAAUACAUUGGAACAAAUAGAACCUGACUAUUUUAAAGACAUGGCACCAACUAUAAGGAAAACACAAAAAAUUAUUAUUAAGAAGAGAGAACCACUAAAUUUUGGCAUUCCAGAUGGUACCACAGGUUUCUCUAGUAGAUUAGCAGCUACACAAGAUAUUCCUUUCAUUCACCAAUCUCCUGAAUUGGGUGACUUGGAUACCUGGCAGGAGAAUACAAAUGCAUGGGAAGAAGAAGAAGAUGCAGCCUGGCAAGCAGAGGAAGUCCUGAGACAGCAGAAAAUAGCUGACAGAGAAAAGAGAGCAGCAGAACAACAAAGGAAGAAAAUGGAAAAGGAAGCACAACGACUAAUGAAGAAAGAACAGAAUAAAAUUGGUGUGAAACUGUCAUAACAGAUUUUUGACAUUUCCAUUUGAAGGAUUUUGAGUUCCACAAUAUGAGGAUCAUUUGUUAUGGGGUUAAGAGUAUUUUUAGAAUACAAACAAGCUGCUUGAUUUUGAUGUGUUUCCGUCAGGCCAUCCAGGAUACAAAGAUUCUCCUGUUGCCACUUGAACUGCUAGUAGAUGGGACUUAAACAAGAUGAAAAGACUUAAGAGACAAUAUUUUUCUUCAGUAUCUUCCAAACAUGAAAGAAAAUUGAUCGCUGCAGAGAAGUUAAUUACAGAUGAGAUAUGAUAAUAACUCUUCAGGUUUGUAUUUCUAACUUGGAAAAAAUUGGGUGUAAAUUUCUAGUGGGAAAACCUACUCUGCCAUCUAUUAUGCUUUCUUUCAAAAUGUAAAAAAAUGAAAUAAACGAUUUUAAAGAAUUCUUUGUCUAUAUGAUUACCUAUCCUGAAUCAAUUUUAAAUUCCUUUUACUUCAUUUGUUUUAUGAGCUGCUAUAUGCAUAUAUUUCCUUUUAUUUGGAGUAGAAGGGUUAAUGUUAAAAUUUCAUUCAGCAUUGAAGAAUGUGAGAAUUUUAUUUCAACUGAAGAAAAGCCAUUGAAUACAGUAGUUUUCUUUCUAGAACAUUAGAGCCUUUCUGCAUCAAAAAGAUUUUUUGAUAGGAACUGAAUUUCUCCAUGUUGUAAUUCAUAGGUAAAUUUCUCUGGGUCUCAAGUUUCCUUAUUUGUAAAAUGAGUACAUUAGAUUAUAUGAUUUUAGAGUUCCUUCAAUCUUUGACAUUCUUUAUAUUUAUCAAAUUUAUAUUGGAUAUGUGGAAAUACAAGUCAGACAUCAAAUAUCAAGUCAUUUUUGGUAGGCUUCUUUACAUCACUCUUGAUUUGUAUAUUUCAACAAAUCUUUAUUAGAAUUUAAAAUUUAUUAGAAUUUCUCUUUCUUUAUUGUGGCUUGAUUUUAGUUCCCAAAAAUCUGUCAAUUUAACCUUUACAAAUGCAGAAAGCCUUUAGUUCUGAUAUUUUGAAGUAUAAUAAUGAGUUCUUAGUAUUAACUGUAUGCAUUUUGCAUAAUGCAAAUUUACUUUUGUUGUUAAUUAUAACAAUAUUAUUGACUAAAUUAUUUAUAAAAUAAACCAAGAUAGGAACAACUUGUACCUAUAUAUAGGAUUUAAAUAUUCUUCUGAAUUAACUUAUUCCAAGUUUUUAAUGGGAAAAAUGUUUUUAAUAAAAAUACUUGUCUGCCUAUUAAAGAA